GUGUUUCCAGAGGGAAGUGAUAAUGCGCGGACCGACUGCUGUUGAUCAGCUGAUGUGUCAAGCAGAGUCCAGCCCUCACGGUUUGUUUUGUUGACGUUUAUUUGAAUCAGAAGACUUCUAGUCAUUGCACGCGCUGCUAAUGUAACAUCUACUCUUUGUUCUGCUACAUUUCUCUUUAAUAUUCGACGACGCUGUCUUGAGCGGAAAAGAAAAAGAUGCGUCGAUUUACCUCAGGAGCCGUUGUCAGUCUUUUGACGUUUUCAUCGCUAGUGUGUUUUAUUCUGAUAUUAUCUGCACAAACAUCAGAAGCUAAGAAUUCAGAAGACAUCAGGUGCAAAUGUAUCUGUCCACCUUAUAAGGACAUCGCUGGGCAGAUCUAUAAUCAAAACGUUUCCUUGAAGGACUGUAAUUGCCUUCAUGUGGUGGAGCCGAUGCCCGUUGAAGGCAAAGAUGUGGAGGCAUACUGUUUACGCUGUGAAUGCAAAUAUGAAGAAAGGAGCUCUGGAACCAUCAAAGGCACCAUUAUAGCAUAUCUAUCUAUUCUGGGCCUUCUGUUGUUGUAUAUGGUGUAUCUGACACUGUUGGAACCUAUACUGAAGAGAAGGCUGUUUGGCCAUUCACAGCUCAUUCAGAGUGACGAUGAUGUUGGGGACCAGCAGCCCUUCGCUAAUGCUCAUGAUGUGCUUUCCCGUUCUCGCUCUCGCUCCAACAUGCUAAACAAAGUAGAGCACGCUCAGCAGCGCUGGAAGAGGCAGGUCCAAGAGCAGCGCAAGUCUGUCUUUGACCGCCACGUGGUGCUUAGCUAAAAGCCUUCACGGUCUGGACUGUUAUAUGUGGGUUCUGGUAUUGCGCUAAAAGUUGGGUCUUCUCCAUGAGGUCCAAUCUCACUGGUCUGCCUGAGCAACCCCCCAGUGACCCCAGUGUGUUCAUUUCUUUCUGAUGUGUAGGUUUGUCGCCUUGACCAAUGUGUGUGAUUAAACCUUGUUUACUAUUAGAGUUCACUUGAUACAGAUAGUUUCCAUUUAAUUAUCACUGUGUAUCACUCUGAAAUUAGAAAAAAAAAGAAAAAAAAAGUUGACAUCUGUGAGUCCAGUCACACUGAAUUUGAUGUUGGUAUAGAAGUGACAAUUUCCUCAUCAAAUUAGGUGAUCAAUUUAUUCAUUAAAUCUUUUUAUAUAAAUUUCACAAUUGUUACAAAACACAAACCAUACAAUUCCAGUCUGAUUGUACAGUGUAAAAUUACCCCCUCUCUCUUCUCUCCUUACUCUUCUCUUUUUUUUAUUACCUAUUUAACUAUUAUAUGUAAAUAAUAAAGUGAAUGUGUUUUGUCCUUGUUCCCAAAUCAUAUGCUUGAAUGACUAACUUACCAAUUCAGUUCUUUUCUAGCUUUGUGUAGAUUUAGAUUCAUGAUGGUGUACAACAGUUCCUUUUGUUGUUUUUUGAAGACAGUAUUCAUAAGGUACAUUUUUGAAGGUGUCAAGAGUUAUAUUCUUUGUCAUUGAUUUGUGUAUAUAUAAUAACUGAAAUCUUCAGGUACAUGAUUUAACAAAGAAAGCUGUUUUGACCUUUUGAUUCAUAUUACAGUUUUGUUAAUACGGAA